AUGAAACUGCUCAUCCCUGCACUUCUUGGGCUCUACCACGCAUGUCUUGUUGUCUGUGACAAUCAUAAAAUCCAGACAUUGAGUCAAGAUGAAAGACAAAAACUACUGGACGCAUUGAACAAAGAUCGUCAAGAAAUAGCAAAAAAGAUUGGCAUAGAGUUUGAGACAUUGGAGUAUGAUAUGAAGUGUGAACAGAAAGUUAGCAAACUUGAUGCAUGUGAACACAUUCAAAGUGGAGAGAGUGAAUUUCGACUCAUUCUUCUCAGACGUAAUGAUGUUACAUCGGAGUACAUUCAUGAAUGGAACAUAUAUCACGGCUAUGAUAAUCCUCAUAGCCUCCUUUUUUGGCCCAGUCUCGAUACAAUUUGUUGCUCAAAAUCUUUUAAAUGCUCCAAGAAAAUUCCGAAGACUAAGAGAGGCUCUCAGUUGGCGGGGAAGCAGAUAGAAGCACGCGGUGCUUGUGCAUCUAUGAGAAACCGUAACUUCAGAGGUUUUGUCUUUGAUGAACAUAACAAAAUUAAUAACGCCACGAUUCCACCGACUAGCAAGUAUGCAGAUAUUAUUGGAGUUCCAGCGAUUGGAGAUGCAACGACUUCUGGAGAUAGCAUUGAAGGUCCAGCAAGUUCAUCAGGAAACAAAAUGAACUUGAUAAUUAUCUUUUUCAUGGUAAUUACUUUCUUUUAA